UUUCUCAGCUUUUAAAUCUCGCGCGUUUGCCUCUCGCGGCGCCACGAGCAGGAAACUCCCAGCCGUCGGUCGCGUCUCUUUCGCCCGGGAAUGAAUCUUAUUUUCUCCUUUCUCCGCCUGAAUGUCGAUGUAAUUUGGAAUUCCUGGCGACGAGGAGGUACAGGAGGAUCUGAGGUUGCUCAAGAUGGUUUACGGCCAUAUAGUUGCUUGCUGUCUGACUUGAAAGCGAAGGCUGCCAGAAAAACCUGUGGACUAACACUGCUAAUGUUCAACUCCCAGCCUAUAUGUGUGCAGAUGCUUUGGAGUUUGUAAUCAGCACUUGCACAAGAACCUAAUGCUGAUAUCAGUCUAGCCAUAUUACUGUACGAAGGAUAGAAUUACGAGAAGACUAACUGUAUACUUAGUAGCAGAUUGUGUGAAUGGUGUGGCGGAGUACAUGCCUCGAGAAAUUAUCUUACACACGUCAUCAGCAUUUGCCUUACUAAGAUGAAGCUAUAAUGGUAUACCCAACCAAACAGUCAUGAGACGCACCCUAUAUUUUACAGAACACUCAUCGUAAGUCGUUUAUCUUUACACAGUUGUGUGCCUUUUGGAGAGUUGAAAAGAUAUUUUUGAGGAGUGGUAAGAUGAAAAAAAACAAGGUGGCACUGGAAUGUGCCGAUUGUGGGAAAGUGUUUAAUAGGAGUGAUCACCUGAAGACACACCAGAAGAUUCACACGGGGGAAAAACCGUUUGAAUGUUCUGAGUGUGGGAAAAAGUUUGGUAGGCUUGGUGAUCUGACUGUACACCAGAGGAUUCACUCAGGAGAAAAACCGUAUGAGUGCUAUGUCUGCGGGAAGAAGUUCAAAGUAAAUAGUGAUUUGAGCGUACACCUGAGAAGUCACACAGGAGAAAGACCGUAUGAGUGUUCUGAGUGUGGGAAAAGGUUUAAUCGAAGUAGUCAUCUGAAGACACAUCAGAGGAUUCACUCAGGUGAGAGAGAGUUUGAGUGUUCUCAGUGUGACAAAAAAUUUUAUCGAAAUAGUGAUCUGAAGGUACAUCAGGGCACUCACUCGGAGAAGAAAAGGUUUGAGUGUUCAGAGUGUGGAAAAGGAUUUGGCAAGAAGUUUGAUCUACAGGCACAUGAAAGGAUGCAUGCAGGAGAUAAACCUUUUGUGUGUUCCGAGUGUGGGAAAAGGUUUGUUCAAAGGAGCCAUCUGAAAACACACCAGAAGACUCACUCAGAAGACAAUCCAUUUGAGUGUUCUGAGUGUGGGAAAAGGUUUAAUAAACGGUGUAACCUAAAGACACAUGAGAGAAUUCACUCUGGAAAUAAACCAUAUGAAUGCUCUGAGUGUGGGAAAAGGUUUACUGUAAAUGGAUCUCUAAAGAUACACCAGAAGCUCCACAAAAAGAACAUUUUUGAAUGCUCUGAGUGUGGGGAAAAGUUUAGUGAAUCUGGUGAAUUGGAGAAACACCUGAUGUUUCACAUUGAAGAGAAGCCAUUUGAGUGUUCUGAGUGUGGAGAAGGUUUCCUUCGAAGUAAUGAUCUAAAGACACACCAGAAGGUUCACUCUGAGAAAGCAUCAGAGAGUUCUGAGCAUGAGGAGAUGAUUAAUGUAGAUGAGCCUGAGGAAAAGGUCUUUGUAAGCGAGUUUCCAAAAGAUAAUAUAGUAAUUGAGCCUGCGAUAAAGGUUGAUGUAAACGAGUCUACAAAAGAGAAUAAUUUAAAUGAAUCUUUGAAAAAGGUUAAUGGAAAUGAGUUUGAGAAAAUAGUCAGUCUAAAUGACAUGAAAAUAUACCCAAGGAUUCACAAUCGAGAAAAACCAACUGAAUGUUCAGGCUGUGGGAAAAAGUUUGAUCAAGUUGAUAAUCUGAAGAAAGGACAUGGGAACGACUCUGAGGAAAAGCCACUGAAGUGCUCAGAUUGUGGGAAAAUUUUCAUAAAUAUCUGCUUUAAUGAUAGUAAUUUACAGGCACAGCUGUUGAUAACCUCAGGUGAAAAACAACACAGGUGUACCAUUUGUGGGAAAGUGUUUAGUCGAAGUGAUAGCCUAAGACUACACCAUAGAAUUCACACAGGUGAAAAACCGUUUGAGUGUUUGGAGUGUGGGAAAAGGUUUAUUGAAAGUAGUAAGUUAAAAAGACACCAGAUUAUUCAUUCUGGGGAAAAACCAUUUAAGUGUUCUGAGUGUGGGAAGAGUUUUACUCAAAGUGAUUCUUUGAAGACCCACCAGAUGACUCAUACUGGAGAAAGACCCUUUGAGUGUUAUGAAUGUGGGAAAAGGUUCAAGAAAUAUAGUGAUCUGAAGCUACACCAGUGGCUUCAUUUUUCAAAUCCUGAGUUUAAUAAGAAGAAGGUUGAACAGACUGAUGUAAAAGCACUUCAAAGGGCUAACUCGGCAUCAAAAGUACUGAAAUGCCCAGACUGCGGGAGACGGUUUAAUGACAGGAAAGAGCUAAAGAAGCACCAGGAGAGUCAUCCAAAGAAAAAGCCCUUUGAAUGCCCUGAUUGUGGGAAAAGGUUCAGUCAAAAAAGUAACAUGAAGACACAUCAGAGGAUUCACACGGGAGAAAGACCAUUUGAGUGUACUGAGUGUGGAAAAAGGUUUACUGAUGGAAGUCACCUGAAUAUACACAUGAGGAUUCACACAGGAAUAAAGCCGUAUGAGUGUGCUGAUUGCGGAAAGAAGUUUACACAGAAGAGUAAUCUCAACACACACAUAAGGAUUCACACAGGAGAGAAGCCCUAUGACUGUACUGAGUGUGGGAAAAGUUUUAUUGAGAGUGGCAAGCUAAAGAGACACAUGGUGUAUCACACAGGAGAAAAACCACACGAGUGUUCUGUGUGCAAGAAAAGGUAUAUUGACAUUGGUGAACUGAAGAAACACCUUGUCACUCAUACUGGAGAAAAACCGUAUGAGUGCUCGGAGUGUGAUAGUAGGUUUAAUUAUCUAAGUGACCUGAGGAGACAUAAAAAGAUUCACCUGGGGGAAAAACCAUUUGAGUGUCAUGAAUGUGGGAAAAGGUUCAUUGAAGUUGCUAAGCUAAGGAGGCAUCUGAUGAUUCACAGUGGGUUCUGAAUAAUCACAUUUAUACAUUUUGCUGUGAGUGUUUGACAAGAGAUGUAACCACUUGAUUUUUUUUUUUGAGGUAAGAUAUCUGGUUAUAUCUGAACUUCUUGAUAUAUAACAAAUAAAGGCUCACUUCCAGA